AUGGUUCUUGGCAAUAACAGGGUCGUGGAGGGAGCCGGCCUUUUUUCAUUUCCUAAUAUUCAAAUCAGGUGGCCCGAUGGCACUAGCGUAGACCCUCCCCCGGUCAACUAUAUCGAUACAAGGAUUUCGGGGUUCGCGACUUUGAUCAACCUUUGCUUUGCUCUCCAGAGUAACAGUCGUUCAGUUGUGUCGAUACCCAAUCUCGGUUUUCGUUAA